UUCAGCAAGCAGCAGUGGAGCUGCAGCUGGUUGUGCUGCGUGUGUUUCUGUGCCUUAUCGACAUAUGAAGAACUUAAACAGGUAUUAAGUGAAGCGACUUAACAGUUUCUCCAGAUGAUAUGACUUACAGAAGUUACGUUUUUUUUAUUUGUUUGUUUUAUGGUUGUCGUUUCAUCUGCUGGAAAUGUUAGCUGAGCUACUCGAGCUAGCUAGCAUGCUACAGCGACUUCUUCCAGAGAAAGAAGAGGAUACUUUAUCUAUUUACCUAUAUCCUGAUGGCUUCAAUUUCUGCAGUUCAGAAAGAAAUAUGGCGUGAAGGUGACAGCUGUCUGGCUCCUGACCCGAGAGAUGGCACCUUGCGAGAAACCACCAUUCAGAGACUCACCACCUCUGAUGAUCAUGAUGCCAUGGCAUGGGUGAUAUUCACUGACCACAAAGCUGGAGAAGAGGAGGAAGCUGUACCUGUCUCGAAACUGAUGAGACCAGGCUUGAAUCAUGACACCCAGGAGAAACCUGUGUUUCCAGGCAGCAUCACAGACCCUAGGCUAUGUGUCCCCUUAGAGCUGAAUGAUUUUAAUGGAGACAGAGUCCCCUAUACCAUCAACAGAUAUCUGAGGGAUUACCAGAGAGAAGGUAUCAGGUUCAUUUACAACAGCUACAUGCGUUCCAGGGGUUGUAUCCUGGGGGAUGACAUGGGCCUGGGAAAAACUGUACAGGUCAUUGGUUUCCUUGCUGCUGUGCUGCACAAAACAGGCACAUGGGAGGACAUCAGAAACAACAGGCCUCAGUUUCUCCAGAGUCAGACGCCCUCCAAGCAAAGUAAACCCAACAAAGUGUUCCUCAUUGUGGCCCCGCUGUCAGUGCUUUAUAACUGGAAAGAUGAACUGGACACAUGGGGUCACUUCCAGUGUGUGGUGGUCCAUGGGCUCAGGAAAGAGGAGGAGCUAGCACGCAUCAAGAAGGGACGCGUUGAGAUUGCGCUCACUACCUAUGAGACUCUGCGCCUUUGUCUGGAUCAGUUUAACAACAUAGACUGGUCUGCUGUGGUUGUGGAUGAGGCUCACAAGAUAAAAAAUCCAAACUCUCAGAUCACUCAGGCCAUGAAGGGUCUGAAAUGCGAGGUCAGAAUUGGCCUCACUGGAACUAUUUUACAAAACAACCUUGAGGAGCUCUGGUGUGUCAUGGACUGGGCCAUACCUCGUUGCCUUGGCAGCUCAGGACACUUCAAGAGCAAGUUUUCAGAUCCAAUUGAGCAAGGGCAGAGGCACAGUGCAACCAAACGCGCCCUAGCUACAGGGAGGAAGACUGUCAGAGCCCUGGUGAGGAAGAUUUCCCACUGGUUCCUCAGAAGAACUAAAUGUCUUAUCAAAGAACAAUUACCUAAGAAGGAUGACAGGGUGGUGUAUUGCUCUUUGACAGACUUUCAACAGAGUGUGUAUCAGACAGUGUUGGAUACUGAGGAUGUGAGGCUACUUCUGAGGUCUUCAGAGAAAUGUGACUGUCAAAGCGGACGUACCCGCAGAGCCUGCUGCUAUAAAACAAACUCAGAAGGUGUGAAAAUGAAGGCGCUGUACUUCAGUUACUUGACCAUAUUGAGGAAGGUUGCCAAUCAUGUAGCACUGCUUCAGUCUACUGCAGGCACCAGCACGAAACAGGAGAAGUAUGUGGGUGGCAUUUGUGCGAAAGUAUUCCAGACGUUUCCAGACUUUGUGCAGAGAUGCAAAGAGGAAGCAUUUGAAGCCUUGUCAGACCCGAAGUACAGUGGAAAGAUGAAGGUUUUGCAGAAGCUCCUCAAAUGUUAUCUGCAAAAGAGAGAUAAAGUGCUUCUUUUUUCUCUCUCAACCAAGUUGUUAGAUGUGGUGGAGAGCUACUGCAUGGCAGAGGGGUUGGACUACAGCAGGUUGGAUGGAACCACAAAAGCCAAAGACAGAGUCCGUAUUGUGAAAGAGUUCAACUGUUCAUCUCACGCGAACCUCUGCCUGGUUUCCACCAUGGCAGGUGGUCUUGGCCUUAACUUUGUAGGAGCCAAUGUGGUAGUGCUAUUUGACCCCACAUGGAACCCAGCCAGCGACCUCCAAGCUAUUGACAGGGCGUAUCGUAUUGGCCAGUGCAGGGAUGUGACUGUUCUUAGACUGAUCUCACUGGGGACUGUAGAGGAGGUUAUCUACCUCAGACAAGUUUACAAACAGCAACUGCAGAGCUCAGUUGUGGGCAAGGAGAGCGCACGGCGGUACUUUGAGGCAGUGCAGGGGCAUGGUGUCUAUAAGGGGGAGCUGUUUGGGAUCCGUAACCUCUUCAGACUGCAGACCCAGGGGACAUGCCUCACCCGCAAGAUACUUGAACGAGAAGGACAAGUGGAGGCUGGUUUAAUGAUAACCAGCACGCACGCAGACGAAGCGAAGGAGGAGGCGACAAAGGGAGUUAGUGAAUCUGGAGAUUCUCCACCUGGACACGGCCCUGUGCCGAGUGAUGAACCAGCAAAGGAGAACAUGCAUGUAUCAAAGAUCCCCAGAGGAGUGCUGGAUUUCAGCAGUGGGAGUGAAGAAGAGGAAGACAAGCUGGGACUUAAGAAGAGGAUGUCACACCCCAGUGAAGUGGAUGGCAACAAGGGUGGAAAUGCUGCCACUGGUUCUGGUCGAUUGAGUCUCCUCCAGCACGGUUUCUCCAAACUCCUCGAAAGGAUCAAUGGAAAACCAGAGUUAGGAGAAGAGAACAGUAGUCCAGGUCUUGAUGAAAGCCUCUCUGAGGAAGAUGCUGACGAUCAAAAGAGGGAGGGUGCCUCUUCUGGCAUCUGCAAGAGCUCCACAACAGGAAACAGUGCAGUAUGUUUCCCUAAAUUGGAAACAAAAGCCUGGGACAUAUUCAGAAGUUCAGACAGAGAAGACAGGGACGAUGAAGAUGGGGGGAGAAAACGGAGUGAUGGUGCUGUAAGAAAAGGACUGGGGCUGAAAGGGCAGACAAAUAAGCAAAUUACAGUGGAUGAGGAGAGUGAUGAAAAUUCCUCAACAGAGAACAAGAAGCCUAACAAGCUCAACACUACAAUUCCAAAAGCAGACCUGUUCCAGGGUUACUCAGAUGAAUCUGAGGAUUUUGACAUUGAAGCAGUGACGAGGCACAAGAGGGACAGUUUAGAUUCACGCAGUAAAGGAGGAGGCAAAGGGAGAGGAAGGCUAUACCUCAACAGAAAGAGGCAAAACAGAAGUGUCAGGGACAGGGCAGGAUGCAGAUACUCAGAAGACAUUGAGACCUUUGCAUCUUCAGAAGAUGAAUACAUACCUGUUAAGAAAGGGAGAUCCAUUGGAUGUCCCUUCACGUCUCCACAGACUGAAGGAUCCAGAGUUGAGCAUUCAAAAGAUGGACAAAGAGCUGCCACAACUGAUAGGACAGAGAGACGAGCAGGAAUGUCCAAAGCUGUUUCAUUUACAAGUCUGAAAGGACAGACAUCACCGGCAUCUGAAAAAAAGGAUGGAACUAUCGACAGUGUGCUAGGGGGCAUACAAGAGGUGAUGUAUACCCACUCUAACCAGCGCGUGGUGGGCGGGAGUAAAGCAGAGGAGCUGAUCAGUAGAGCUGCUGUGCGAGAUGUGUUUGAACGCAAGGUGUACUCUCAGCUCCCGGCCAAUCACGUUCUAGAUGACUUAGAGAGCAUGUCAGCGAGUUCACCAGACAGCCAGCCUUGCUCUUCUGCUGUCAGAAUAGAGAAGCCCAGCGUGGACCAUCCAGUCAACUUUUCCAAUAAGACUGUGCACCACACCAGGCACACCACCUUCAUCAUUGGAGAGACUCCCCAGGCCAUACGCAGACAGCAGCUGGAGGAAAUGGCAGACAAAUUCAAAUUUACCUCAGUCCAUCAUUUUGCAGUGGAGAUUUUGAGAAGAAACUCAACCGAGAGACUGACCUGGCUCCAACAGUAUUACACUUCAUUGAACCACCCUGACCUGGCAAAGACAGUCACAGACAACAUCCCACAACCUGAUUCUGCACACACCUCCUCCUCCUCAACAUCCACCAAAACAGCUGCCACAAAAUCUCACACAGAUACCAGAACCCCACAAAAUGAUGUUCUGAAAGCCAAGAAAAAGCUUAAAUACACUCAGAAGAAUCCUGAGCCUAAACUUAAGGCAGAAACCCCUCAAAACAAUGUUUUUGUGUCACGAAAAUAUCCUGGAGACCCCCACAUUCAUGUUCAAGAACCCCAGAAAAAGCAAAAGAUCCCACGAAAGAAUCUUCCAGACCCUCUAAAUGAUGGUCCAAACCUCCAGUCAGAGGAUGAGACCAUUUGCAGUACCAGAGGACAUAAAGAAGACACAAAGAAGGGUAGUAUUUCUAGUUCUGGAGCCUUUAGAGCUGGUGGUGGUCUUGGCUUGGAUCAGGCCAGCACCAGUGGUUUGGGAUCUGGGGAGUCUGCUGCUUUCCUGAACCGCACUAACAGAGAUACCCCUUCUUCUCUGGACUUCAGCCAUGGCAGGUCCACCAUGUUAUCCAAACCCGCAGCACAGGGAAGGGAGCAAGAGCAAAAACUGUCUUCCAGGACCAGUGAAUCUUGUCAAGGCCAGAGAGCAAAUGCUCAGACCCCUUCCCCUGCUGAGCACGCCAACUCCAGUUGCCAGUCCUUCCUAACAGAUCUGAUAGGAGACACAUCAAUCCUUGAUGAUUUGUUAAAACCCAAACCCAGGAGUGGGACACCAAAAACAGCCCCUGCAUUCUCCUGUGCAUCAGUAAGUACAUGUCUCACCACAGCCUCUCCAUCCAGAAAUGUUCUCAGCACUGAUUCUGGUUCAGCAGACCUCAUAAUGUCUGUGUCACCUCUAAAGUCAAACACACUAAACAAACAGCAAGCGUCAUCAAAGGGCAUUCGCAAGGACUUCUGGGACAUCCUGAAUGAGGGUAAUGAGGAGAGCAUCAACAGGUUAACAGACCCAGCAGAGGUGCAGAGGGUUUGCAUCAAAACUAACUUUGUAGCUAGAAGUGGGUCUGUAGAAGAAGAGAGCAAGAGUCUCUGGAAGACUAAUGAAAAGUUCCUGUGGAAAAAAUAGCUUAUUUUAUGCUUUUGUACUUUUUACUUUUGUAGUUCUAAUGAUCAAUUUACAAAACAUAUUUUCCUUUUAAAAUGAAAUUAUUAUCCAUGUAAAAAUGUCUUUUAUUUACUUAGUUAUUUGAAAAUGUUCAGUGUUCAUUUUUUUUUUAUUGAUGUUGAAUGUUACUUGAAUAAACAGAGUGUUAAUCACUAUGUGAAACCUGGAUAUAUUGCAGAUAUACAUAUAGAUAUAUACAACAGAUUCUCCCAUUUGCGAAUAUGGUGCCACCGAACACUUGGCAUGUUUGCUAAGAAAAUGACUUCAACUGUGAUGCAAAUGUUGUAUAAAAUAAACUGAAAUCACAACUCAGUGUUAAGUGGAUGACAGAGAAAACACUACCCGCUGCAGGCCUUAGCCAUUAUUGUUACCUGAUACCACGGCUGCUGUCUGGAGGACUGUUGGUGGUCGUGCAGAAAUAUCAUUGAAAACUCUGUUGGCUGUUAUAUCUCAUUCACUGUACAACUCACUAUGUCCUACUGAGCAUGAGAAUGUGUAUAUCAGGUUACCUUGCACGGUAUUCUGCACUGUAAUCUGAUCUGAAUCUGUGGCUCGGCUCAUUUGUGCCUCAAAUGCUCUUCAGAGUAGAAGCUGCUGUGCUUUUAUUGAAAUAAUAAUAAGCAGCUGAAGACUUAAGAUGGUUUUCACACCUCUUCAUCUGUCCUCUCACAUUUUUAGUGAAAGUGUCUUUUAUGGUGACAAUCAUUUGUACUACUCAACAACAAGAGAAAAAAAAGGUUAAUCACAUAUCAAUCUCAGGACUUAGAAAUAACGUGAACACAAGGUAAGCUCGGUGUGUGCGUAUGUGCGUAAGCGCGAAUGCAUGUGCUGAACCUCACAGCUGUGUCUGACCUCUUUCAGCUGUUGCGGUGAGCUGUCGCAGAGCUGUUCUGUGUAAGUCUUGUGUUUUGUGCAGCAGAAAUGAGAAAGUGCUGAUAACUAUCAAUAAACAAGAGAAAGGACUACGUGCCUCAACAGAACAUGAAGCUUGGUAAAUAGUAUGUGUGUGUGCAUGUAGACCUUCUGGGUGGUAGAUCAGGACUAUCUUCGCAUACUGGGGCCACACAUCUGUCACACCUGUUCAAAUCAUAAACUGAGGAGAAUAAAAAGCCCUUUUUUCCUG